AUGGCUGAUCACCUUCGGGACAGCUUCCGCGAAUUUCUGCAGACACUUUCAGCAAAACAGAACUCGCAAUUAAUUACUGAAGAGAAGGCGAUAUUUUAUGUUCGGAGCAAGGGAUUCGCAGUAAUCGACCUGCCCGUGCUAGGACUGAAAGAAGUUCUUUGUGUGCCUGCACCAAAGGGAAGUGAAACAAAGACAUCUUCGCUUGGGAACUGGCUGAAAGUAGCGAACGUGUCUGAAAUAUAUGAUAUCCUCAUAACUAUCCAUGAAGGCUCUAGAGUGCACGCUGGAUAUCGGAAAGUUUUUGCAGAUAUCAUUCGAAAAGUUGUUAGAUUAUGGCCAGGAGAUUGCAAAAUUGUGACAGGUCGUCCACGCCAUCCUCAAUCUCAAGGACUUGUCGAACAGGCCCAUAGAACUGUACAACAUAUGCUUGCUGUCCGUCGUGCAGAGUAUCCAGGAACGGGAUGGACCAAAUAUCUUUCCUUAGUGCAAUAUGCUAUGAACACACAAAUCCAUAGUGCAAUCAAUGUGGCACCUUAUGACGUUGUUUUUGGACAGCCCCCAACAGAUGGUGUGUUUCCUGGUUGCCAUAAAGAUGUUCAACCUGAAGAAGAGGAUUUGCUGAAGGUUCUAAAAGAUAUUCCUACAUUGACUGACAAAUAUGGCAACGAUUCCCCUGAUGAAGGAGAUGGUCAUGUGGAGGAUCACACAGUUUCUACAUCUGACAUAACUUGUCAAUUUGGCAAUGCUACCAUCGCCUCUCCUCCAGACAAUGACAAUGACAAUGAUGACAUAGAGACAGUAGGAGAUGAUGGCAUUGAUUUUUCUGAGAAACGCUUUGUGGAGAUGGAUGAAGUUUCUACGUGUACAAAAACAGACAGAACAUAUCAAUUAGGCAAUGGCAAUGAUUAUAUAGAGACUUCAGAAGGAUCAACAGGUGGCUUGUUAGGAACAAGUAGACAACACAUACAAAGAAGACAGAGAGCGUUAGAUAAUUACAUCAAAUCAGCAGAGAAGCAAAUGUACAAGCAUUCCAAAAGCAAACGGGUGAAACUACAACCAUAUGCAGUGGGUGACUAUGUCACUGUUAGAAUUCCCCAACAAGACAGGAUGUCAACGGAUCUCCCACGUCUUCUUGCAGUAGUGGUUGAAAUCCGAGGGACAAAGAGAAUCAGCUACCGUCUCAGGUCAAAGUACGGAGUUUUGGAGAGAUUGUAUGAUGAUAACAAUCUAGAGGUAUUUUUAGGCAAGAUUGAGGAUCUCAGUACGUCUAACUGGGAGAAUGACUGAAAGAUAUCUCUAAGGGAAGCGGUGAGAUUGGCUAGACAGAAGCGUGGAGGGUUGCCUGCAAGACGGUGCAAAUGUAGAAAGGGAUGUGUGACAGGAAGACAGUGUCCAUGCCUUCAUAAUGGUACUGUGUGCCACAGCAAGUGCCACCGUGGAGCAAAAUGUAUGAAUCUUGCUAGUUUAAAGCAACCAACAAAGCCAUCAACAAAGCCAUCAACAUCAACAAAGUCAUCAACAAAGCCAUCAAGCCAUCAAACGUUAUCGACCAGUGACUGUAAGUGCAACAAUAGUUGUACCGUUGUGAAGAAAUGUAGCUGCCGGGCAAAUAAGAAACUGUGCUCCCCCAAGUGCCAUCGUGGUCGGAUGUGCUGCAACGUCGGAAGACAAGAAGAGACUGAGAUUAUUAUUGUGAACUUGAAUGUAAAACAUGAACGCCCAGCAAAGAACAACGAUUGGUUACCUCAUCUUCAGCUUGACAGAGGAGAUGAACUGAUGUUGCUAGGUGGGCAAUGGCUCUAUGACACACACAUUUCAGCUGCACAACGUCUACUAAGGGAUCAGUUUCCUACAAUUGAUGGACUAAAUUCUCCUCUGGUGGGAAUGUCUCCUGGGGGAUUUACAGCAGCCACAAACGGUGCCGUUCAGAUACACAACAACGAACAGCAUCAUUGGCUCACCUCCACUGCAGGAGUUAUAGAAAGCUGUGCCCAUGUAUACGUAUAUGACAGUCUGUCAUCGGGUAGUCUAGGACGUGCCCUUCGUAGGCAGCUUGUUGAUAUGUACAGGCUUCUGGCUGACAAGGAUGGCAAAAUUGAUGUAGCCAUCAAAGCAGUGCAGCAGCAGUUACGUGGGGAGGGAAACUGUGGCCCCUUUGCUGUGGCUUUUGCUACAGCAUUGUGUCAUGGAAUUGAUCCCAGUACUGUAUCUUUCUCUGAGCGUUCUCUAAGAAAACACCUGCACUUCUGUUUUCAGUCAGGUACUCUCACUUGCUUUCCUCAAGUUAGCCGUACAACAAGAUCUACUGACGUAAAGACGGCAAUCAGCAUCCAUUGUCUGUGCUACUUGCACCUUCCUGGGAAGCAAAUGGUCCAGUGUGAUGACUGUGAGAACUGGUAUCACCUGGACUGCGUUAGUUCAUCUUCAAACGGUGUGGCGAGUGCGGCCAAAAUUUCCCAACAACCAACUUGGCACUGUCGAGAGUGCACAAAGAGACAGAACUAACAAUGAUUGAGUCGUGUGUAUUGUCUAGUUUAGAUGUCUGUCUGUCUGUCUGUAUGUAUGUAUGUAUGUAUGUAUGUAUGUAUGUAUGUAUGACUGUAUGUAUGUAUGUAUGUAUGUAUGUAUGUCUGUUUAUCUGUCUGUCUGUCUGUUUGUCCAUUAGUUUAUCUAGGGUUUGUUUGCUUUUACAAGUUUCUAGCAUAUGUAUACAAGUAGA